AUGAGGCCCGAUCGGUUGGCCGAUGCUGUGAUCGAAUCUCAUUCUGCUGGUGUUUUUGCCCAGUACACUUUGCGCUGUUAUUCCAGUCACUUCAGUCUUCAUCCAAUGGAGGCAGAUGCGCCUCACUUGGCCCAUCCUCAGAUUAGAUAUACUAUCAUUAAAACUGCUCGCAAAAUUAUUGUGGCUGACAUUCCUAUACUUCUUCUUCGCUGCCGAUGGGAGAAUGUGACAUUCUUUCAUAUAAUCAUGCAAUUCGAGUUGUCCUGCGAGUUGUCCAAUUUCCAGCGAAUCAUAGAGACGCAGGCCCGACAAGUGAGCAUGAUGGAUAAUGAUAUUCUGCAAUUCACAAUGAUGGGUCGUUAA